AGGUAAAUCAAAAAUAUUCAAUAAUUCAAACAUUUCUCAAGGAAACACAUAAUAAGAUAAUGCAGUUUUCACAGCAUCCACUUGAACGUCUUGCGAGCCGAUUUGGUAUACGCUUAACAAUAUGUCGUCAAACUCAUAGCGAUCAAGUGAUGGAACGCAUUGGGAAGCGUGAAAUUGUCGGCUACGGCUGGAAUGGCUCGCCUUGCUAUCAUGACCGCUUAGAUUAUCCGAUGCCAGCAGUGCGUUUCCGGGAACCUGACCCUGAGAUAUGUGCGUUGCGCGAGAAAGAAACCGGCGAUUGGCGGAAGUUGUCCAUAGACGAAAAGAAGCAACUUUAUCGUUACAGCUUCCGUAAAACAUUUGCGGAAAUGAAGGCUCCUACUUCCGAUUGGAAGUUUUCUCUAGGCGCAGCUUUGAUUGCAGUGUCGAUUGGUAUAUGGCUAUCACAAUCUUAUGCUCAUGGCAUUUAUCCAGAAUAUCCUGAAACAUUCGAAGAAAAACGUCGUAGUGCACAAUUAAAGAGAAUGAUUGCGCUGGAGGUUAAUCCCGUUACUGGAUUAGCUUCCAAAUGGGAUUACGAAAAGGACCGCUGGAAGUAA